GAGCAUGCGUCCUUGAAUAAGUUGGUUGCACAUUUUUGGUGGCCGAUACACGUUUUGAUUUGUUUUCCCGGCUCAUUUGUUUUACCAGUAAUAUUAUGUUUAUGUAAAAGAGCUUGUUAGUAAGACCCAAUCAUGGAGGUAGACAACCCAGUGGCAGUGCGAGGCGGAAAGCAGAUGGUGCGGGUGAAAAACCUCCAUGACCUGCCAGAGGGCGCUGUCAGACUCACUGAGGAAGAGGUGCUGUCGUUGCAGAUGAAAAAAAUAAUAAAGUGGAACCCUCCAUCCGAAAUAUGGCCGCUCAGAUAUGGCACAGCCGUUAUCGGAAUAGCCUCAGCUGCCGCUGGGAUCAUCAUCAACGCGCACUACCGCCACAAGUUUGCUCUGCAGAACUUUGGACGCUUCAACACGUAUCUGUCUUCUGUCGCGUUCCCCGUUCUGUUCAGCUGCCUUGUUCACGAACUGUUUGUGAAGAGGGAGAUCAUUGUAGGGAGGCUUGAGUGUCCGCUGUGCUCCCAGAUGAGAUCAGGGUCGCUGCAGGCGUUUCUCGGCGGUCUAUAUCCCAUGGCGGUCGCACCCGUCUCUUGUAUCAUCUUCGCCAGAAAGUACUACACCUACUCCAUUCCGAAGAUCUCCGAGGGACAGGAAAUAGUGAAGAUGUUGAGGAAAACUUCAGCCGAUUCGUAUGGGUGUUUUUAUGUUAAUAGCAGGACAGUUCUGCUGUGGGUUCGUACCUGGCGCACCUGGAACUGAAGACCUUCUACAACCAUCUGUGUAAGGAGUACGUGGACAUGAGUGAUAUGGACAAGGAGGGAUAUUAGUUUGCUGUAAUUAUGUAGAGUCAGGGCUCGAACUUAAAGAAUUUGUCACCAAUAGCAUUUA